AUGGGCAAGCUAUUUCGGGUCGAUUUGACCGUUCUUUCUUUUGUCUGCUUGCAAUAUUGGAUCAACUAUGUGGAUAGAAUCGGUUUCACCAAUGCUUAUGUUUCCGGUAUGAAAGAGGAUCUCGGGUUCAAGUCAAAUCAGUUCAAUAUCGCUAAUACGUGUUUCACCGUUGGAUAUUUGUUAGGUAUGAUCCCUCAUAAUUUGAUUCUAUUGAGAAUCAAACCUCGGAUUUGGUUGAGUUUCUGCACUUUUGCUUGGGGUAUUCUGACAUUGUCAAUGUUCAGCAUUGAUUCCGUAUGGCAGUGCUAUGUGAUUCGUUUCUUUCAAGCUUGGUUUGAAAGUUGUACUUUCAGUGGUACCCAUUUGAUUCUUGGGUCCUGGUAUACUCCCUCCCAACUACCGAUUAGAACCGCUAUCUUCACAUCCAGCGGGCUUUUGGGUGCUAUGACAAGUGGGUUCUUACAAGUUGCUAUCCAUGAUUCAUUAAAUGGUAAAGCAGGAUUGCCCGGGUGGAAAUGGUUGUUUAUCAUUGAUGGGUUGAUUACAAUUCCUAUCGCGUUGUAUGGACUUUUCUUCUUUCCAGAACCAGAUGCUGAUGCAAGAGAGUCAAAUCACAAGAAUUCGUGGAUCUUUACGGGGAAACAUAAACAACAAAUAGACACAUUGGAUUGGUCCAUCUUCAAAAGGUGUGGUUCCAGGUGGCACUGGUGGUUAUUCUCUUUUGUGUGGGUGCUUGGAGGUGAGAACAUUUCAUUUGCAUCGAACUCAACUUUCAACAUCUGGCUUGAUAACCAAGGUUAUUCACUAGCUGACAAGAACAGGUUCCCUGUCGGAAUAUAUGCAGUUGGGAUCGUUUCUACAGUGGCAUCAUCAUUAUAUGUCCAUAAAUACUCUCAUUUCGCCAAGCAUUGGCACGUUGCCCUUUUCAUCAGUAUAUCCAUGUUCAUUGUUUCUCUAUUGAUCUUGACGAACCCAUUAAACCCGAAGUUUAUGUUCGCUGCUCAAUACUUGGGAGGAAUUUCUUACACUGGUCAAACUCUCUUCUUUGCAUGGUGCAACGUUGUAUGCCGUGGUGAUCUUCAAGAAAGAGCCAUUGUCCUAGCAUCAAUGAAUAUGUUCUCUGGUGCGGUCAACGCUUGGUGGUCUCUACUGUUCUACUCCACAUCAAUGGCCCCCAAGUUUACUAAUGGAUGCUACGCAUUGAUGGCUACUUCGAUAAGCAGCGGAAUUGUAUCGCUACUGAUCCAUUACCUACAAAAAAGAGACGAUCUCGAUCUAUCUCAAUAUACAGAUCCGGAAGAACAGAUCAAAGAAUAA